CUGAGCUGUGAUUGGUGAUGGCUGACUGGAGCCUGCUGGGAAACUUCCUGGAGGAAGUGCAAGAACACUCUACCUCCAUUGGCAAGGUGUGGUUGACCAUCCUGUUUAUCUUCCGUAUCCUGGUACUCGGGACGGCUGCUGAGUCUUCUUGGGGUGACGAACAGGAAGAUUUUGACUGCGACACUGAACAGCCAGGUUGCGAGAACGUCUGUUAUGACCAAGCGUUCCCUAUAGCGCAUAUACGAUACUGGGUGCUCCAGAUAGUGUUUGUGUCGACUCCCAGUCUGAUCUACAUGGGCCACGCCAUGCACAUCGUCCGCAGAGAGGAGAAGAAGAGGAGCAGAGAGGCAGAAGAGGGAGAUGGAGGAGGGAGAGAGGAGGAUCCAGGAGGGGGAGAAGGAGGAGGAGGAGGAGGUGGAGGUGGAGAGAAACACGGGCGGACUGAAGAGAAGGAUGAAGGAAAGGAAAAAAGAGAAGGUGCAUUAACAGGUCAAGUCCGUCUGAAGGGAGCGCUGCUUCAGACCUACGUGAUGAGUAUACUCUUACGAAGCAUCAUGGAGGUGGUGUUUCUUUGUCUGCAGUACUUCCUGUAUGGGAUCUUCCUCCAUCCUCUGUAUGUCUGCAAGGCCUGGCCGUGUCCUCAUCCAGUGAACUGCUACGUCUCCAGACCAACAGAGAAAAAUGUCUUCAUAGUGUUCAUGUUGGCUGUGUCGGCGGUCUCUCUGGUCCUCAGCGCCCUCGAGCUGAAUCACCUGGCGUGGAGACACUGCUUCAGGAAGUUAAUCCUCUCCAGGAAGGCCGCAACUUCUGCUGAAGCUUCGCUGAGCCGGCAGCUCUCAAUAUCUCCUCCACCGCCUUCAACGCCACCUCCAGAUUUCAGCCAGUGUGUGACCGGCUCCUCGCACUUCCUGCCACUCCCUUUCCCCAACCAUAAUUUAGCUAACCAACAAAACUCAGACAACAUGGCCACUGAGAAGCACAAAAUGGCCUCCUCUGCAGAGAACGAAAACAACCUCCAGAUGAACUGCUACUCGGCCGAAUGGCAGAAGACCGGCAACGGUCAGAUCAAAGACGAAGAUUACAUGAGGGCCGACAUUAGCUGCUACAGUCCCGCGAGCAGGGACAUCAGCUGCCCUCAGAUCCAAAAUGGAGGCCCAGACAGGAUGUUGCCUUACUCAAACGGAGGGCUCUGCCAGAAAGACAAACGCAGAUUGAGCAAAACCAGCGGAACGAGCAGCCGAACGAGAGCCGACGACCUUUCUGUUUAGAAAUAAGGCAGAAACAGACAGAUUUUAACUACUCACACACAAACACACCUGUAUGACCUUUAUAUUCACUAACACAUGCACAUAAUACACAUCACUACACACAGCCUCCAUUUAAUCCUGACUGUGCCUCACUCUGUUUUGUUCUCACUGCUUUUAAAAUGUGCCUUUUCGAGUCCACGAAUUGAUUAAAAAACUACUUUUUACUGACAUGAGGUGGCCUUAAACAGACAAUGGGAGUGGGACUGACAUUGUGACCUGAGCAUCGAUCAAUUUAAGAUGGCGACUAUACAUUCUUGUUUUAGUCUGAAGAAGAACAAUGUGCUCGAAACGUCACUCUUGAUAUCCUAUUAAAAUUACAUCUUCAUUGGGAGCUUUCUUCUGCCUCACGUGGCCUUAAAAGGACACAAAUGGAGAACCUGAAGAUGACGUUAAACUCCUGACAGCUAAUGCAAAGACACUGGAGCUCGUCAGAUUGCACUCUCCAUUUAAUUUUCCUGGAGAAUGAAAAACAGACCAACCUGUUUGCUGUCUGCCAAAAGCUUUUAUACCCUGCCGCCUUCUGUCUGUGGCCAAUCAGGG